CAUUGUAUCUUGUUACAGAUGGUAUGAUAUGGUGACAUGUCACAGAGCCAAACAUGGAUAGCCCAAAGCAAGUCCCGCCUCCUUGGAAAGCAGAACGACCCGUAACGGAGCUCAGCAACAGAAAGAGCGAGAACAUUGACACUGCCACCGUACCAGAAAUCAUCAAUAUACUGCAUGACUGUGAGGAGGAAAUGUUUAUUGGUUGGCAAAAUUAUCAGAGAUUACACGACAAGGAUUUUGUGAAGAAGCUCAGUGAGGUGUCCAAAUAUGCAGCAGCUCUCAUUAAGAAUUCAGCUGAUAGUGCCAUCAUCCUGAGUGGCUGUGGAACUUCAGGAAGAAUCGCCUUCUUUAUUGCUACCAAGAUGAACAGCCUGCUGAGAGAAAGGGGGCUUCCCCAGUGCUUUGGUUACAUCAUCGCCGGUGGUGACAGGGCUUUGACCCAUUCAGUGGAAGCAUUUGAGGAUAGUCCAGGGGCAGGCAAGGAUGAACUAAUCAAGGUCGCUAAAGGAAAGAGGAAAAUUCUUUUCAUUGGAAUUUCAUGUGGGCUUUCAGCUCCCUUCAUAGCUGGUCAGCUGCAUCACUGCAUGUCUCACCUCGAUACCUUCCUACCAGUCUUACUGGGCUUUAAUACUAUACACAUGGUCAGAGAUAGGACCAUAGAGGGAUGGGAUCACACCCUUCUAACAGUAACUAAACACUUGAUGCUUCUGGAGAGUAGUGGCCAAGGUUAUAUUCUGAAUCCAAUUGUGGGGCCGGAAGCCAUUACAGGUUCUUCUAGGAUGAAAGGGGGCGGAGUAACAAAGUUGAUCCUAGAGACGUGUUUCCUUACUGCUCUUUCAUAUCUCAGCGUCUCCUCUGAUCCCAAAGACAACGAUGAGAUAAAUGCAGACAAGGAUGCAGCAAAUGAUUCCAGCAAACAAGAAAAACUGAUCACCAGUCUCUUUGAGUGCUACAAACAGGUUUGGGAGACUUCUUAUCCAACGUCCAAGGAACAACUCUCAAAGCUAAUUGAACAAGCUGGAAAGAGCCUACUUGACAACGGCCACGUGUACUAUGCUGGCUGGGAUACCUGGGGUCUUCUAGGACUGGUUGAUGCCUCUGAGUGCCCUCCUACAUUCGGAUCAGAUUUUGAUGAUAUCAGAGGGUUUUUGAAAGGAGGCCUUGCACCACUGGAGUCUUUCCCUCAGACUAUGAACGCUGCCGUAGGUCAGGACCCUUUAGAAGAUGAAACAUCUCUGGAAUUCUUCAAGAAAUCUGUCCUACCGUCCAUCACUGCUAAAGACACUGUUGUAUUCCUUGUGCCUUCAAAUGAUGCAAAUAUUUACCAUGAACUGAACAUCCUACUGAAAUCAGUGAUGCAGAAAACUCAGCACAUAGGCGUGAUCUCAUCACUCCUCGUUGAUGAAACACAACUUGAUCUCAAAAGUUGCACUGUCGUUCCUCUCGGACACCUAAAAGAGGAGAUGAUCAAUAAGAUACAAGAUGGCGGACUGGACAGUGAGCUUGGGAAUGUAGUGGUGAAGAGUGUUAGUGAGUUAGCUCUGAAGUCGGCUCUCAAUGCUAUCAGUACCGGUGCUCACAUCGCCAAAGGGAAGGUCUACCAGAACUACAUGGUGGACUUGAAACUCAGUAAUUCCAAGCUGCUGGAGAGAGGCAUAGGGAUCGUAUCAAGGUGCGCAGAGUGUUCCAAAGAGUUUGCCAGAGAUGCUGUGAUGAGAGCCAUCUACCGUACUGAUGACAUCGCCUCCUUCAGAGACACGCCCGUCUCAUCUAUCAUACAGACUGCGGGCAAUGUAGAGAGGGUUGUACCCAUAGCCAUCAUCCUUGCCAUCAAAGGAUGUACAGUGCGAGAGGCUCUGGAUCACCAAGAGAGGGCGCCAGUCAUCAGAACCUCACUCCUCAAUCUCCUUCAACCUCCGUCAACAAUAAGCUAAGCGUUUUUAAUGUUGUUAUGCAUGUCAACUCUAUAAACAAGUACAUGUAGAGUAGAAAUGUUAUCAAUGAUACAGAUAAAAGUCUAUACUAAUAUGACUAUAUAGUUUCUAAUGGAGCUGUAACUACCCAUGUAAAACGAAAAUCGUUUAAUGACUUGUGAGUUUGCAAUAUAUUGAUGGGGUGGAGAAAAAAAGUUUGUGCUACUGACAAGUCAAUGCAUGAGCUGCAAAUGUAUACAGAGACUUCAUACACUCAAGUUGUAGUUAAGCAGUUUUUGAUAGUGCCUGUCUUGAGGCAGUCAUUAUUUUUAUAAUGAAUUGGUGACUUUAGAGGUCUGUUUCACAUAUAGUUGUGAAGAAUAACCAAAAAGAAUAACAGUAAUCCCUCGUUCAGAUAUGAUGCUGCAAAAAUGUGGCGUUUUUUUUAUGUGUCAGGUUGAAUACGCGUCUCCUUUAUGUAUGUUGAAACACAGAACCCAAUGAUAUGCACAGCAGCUUUGAUGCCUGCAGUUGCUAACCAUUUACUCAUAAAAAACUAAGGCAAGUUUUUUUGUAGAGGUUUACCCUGCAGAUCUGAACGAGCCUCUGAUGGUACAGUAUUUCUUGUGUGGGAGAUGUUACAUAUGCAUAAGCAUGUAGUUGCUUGCCAGUAAUGUAUAAAGUGAUAAGAUGAUUUUGUUCUUUUUCUUUUUUUUUAUGAAUAUGUAUAAGUGUAACUUUAUCAUACUGGUGUGCAGUUCGAUAAUCAGGAAAGAUUUCAACUAUGCAGAAUUUCAUAUCUGGUACAAUAAUGGCAGCUACCUCUGAAUAGUUUGAUAGAUUAUGUAUUCAGAAAAUGCAGAAAAAAUACUUUUUUAUCACAAUUUAGAAGUAAGAAAUAUUUUGAUAUAUUAUGAUUCAUGCCUUAUUGUUCUGAAAAUGCAAUUGAUGAAUGCAUUGUAAUCAAAGUGCAAUACAAAAUGAGUUUUUAUCUGCCAUUCCAAGUUUCACAAUCGUUCUUUCUGAUCAAGUGCUUGCUACAGUACAUGCCUGAAAUCUCUGCAACACAUUUAUACGAUUAAAAAUGUACUCCAUUCAAUUGCUGGUGUAACAAUUUUUUUGUACACGAUUCAUCUUUUGCCAAUUAAGCAAAAUCUGAAUCAUGUAAUCGUGGCAUCGAUCGCGUAGUUCAUGACAAUGAUACUGUAUUGUUAUGUUUUCAAUAAACACAGACCAUAAUGAAAUGUAGAGGUGUCGUGGACGAGUGGAUAUGUCACCGGACUGUGGAUCACAAAGUCCGCGGUUCAAGUCCGUG